AAAAGGGGGGGCUAUUUUCUUGCACAACGGGCACUUCACCUUCCAUUUUUCAUCAAGGCUACCUCAUCCUCUGGAAUGAAAUUCUGCAACACGCCCUUUCUGGGAAAUAAACAAGUAACGUUAGCUAGCUACGUUAACUAACUAGCUAAUUAAAAUGACAAACGUUCCCGUUUCGCAUGUAGCUAGGAAGCUAAAGUACAAAUUGAUUUAUGUGUAAGUAACAACUAAUAAGAUGGCUCGCCUUGGGGAUAUUCGAUUGACUCUGAUCAUUGCCCUCUCUUUUAAACGACAUUUAGAUUAAUAGGUUUAGCUAAGGUCGCAAUUGUAAAUGAGAACUUGUUCUCAACUUGCCUACCCGGUUAAAUAAAGGUGAAAUAAAUAAAUAAAUAUUUGUUAGCAAGGUCCUUAUUUGCGAAUCGCUAGCUAGCUAUUCCAAACAUCUUCAAAACCGUUUGUAAUCUAGCUACUUCCUGCUUUCAGUGAGGAAUUGUGGGACUUGGUCAUACCACGGCAGCCAUGGAAACAGACAGCUGACUGAAUACAUUUUUCCUAUGGCAAGAUUUUGUUUAGAAGCUAACUAACUAGCUAGUCGACGAGAUAAGGUAAACUAGCUACAUGCACUUAAACUCAUGUUAUUAUUAGCUAGCUACCACCUCCCUACAAUAACGACGAUACAGGUUUUCUAACUGUAUAGGCAAUUUAGCUAGCUGGCAAACUAUAGUAACUACUAUAGCCAGUAACGUAAACUGGUUUACGUUAGCUAACGUUAUUGCUAACUUAGCAAGUCAAGAGGGGGGCUAGAUAAGCUCAACCAUGUUCCACGGGGAACGGGCUCCUCUUUCAACGGGUGGAGCCGGUCUACUCCCCGUUAACCGCACGAGGUCAUAUGGCAGUCUUGUACAAUCCAACCUUUCUCCGGUACGACAAAGACGAAUUGAACACCAAGUUCAGCCAGGAGAGACGUUGCAAGGACUCGCGUUGAAAUAUGGAGUAUCUAUGGAACAAAUCAAAAGAGCAAAUAGACUGUACACGAAUGACUCAAUAUUCCUAAAGAAGUAUCUUUCUAUCCCUGUGCUGUCAGACUACAACAGUGAUGCUAAUAUUGGGGUAGAUGUGACUGAGGAGGACUCAGGCAAGGUACAGGACAGUACAAGUAAAAAAGUCUCUACUCAAAAUGGGAAGCCAGUGAACAAUUCUGAAAAGACACAAGAAGGUACAUCAGAACUUUCUCCAAUGAAUUUCUUGAAAAGGAUGGAUCGUAUGAUCAGCCAGACCAAGCAAGCAGCUGUGAAAAGAUGCCAAGAGGGAGAGAAAAGUUUGACAUCUUUGGAAGCAGCUUGUACCAGCAAGACAACAGACCGUCGAUUUACAAGGUCAAACAGUGCCACAGUCAUCACCUCUCCCAGAAUGCAUCAGCAAGCCAUACUUGGUGCAGUGCCCCUCACCAUCACCAAAUGCACCAAGAAACUGUGAGAAAGAGAGGAUGAGAUCUUUGAGUUGUGAUUUGCCUCUGUCAGGCAGAUCAUGGGACACGUGGUACUAAUACAAAAAUCAAAGGGAUAGACGUCCAUGCUAAUCUGGCAUUACAGAUUUAGGAGAGUUCUUAUUUUUACUGAUGAGUAACUUGCUGCUCUAUGGACUUGGAGUUGAAAGUUGGUCGUUAGCACUGUUGAUAUAAUUGUUUUGCUGAUAGUGUGAGUUUCAUUUUGACAUAAGAAUACUUCUUAUUAGGCAAGUAAUUUACUACUACCAAGUUAUUUAAAGUUGUAGUACAUAGAUUACAUAUUAUAUAUUUGCCAUGUCCAGAACAGCACUGUCUGGUUGUCUGUUUACUACACAAAACGAGAGUCAGAAUGUGGUACUUUGACUUGUGUUUAUAUGUUACUGUGAUCAUGUAACUAUCCAAGUUAUGCUUGGCCACAGGCGCUAGAUCAUUUGAGUUAUGCUACCUUGUAGUGUCUUAUGCAAUGUCAGAAAUGUGAAAAAAAUGCAAGUCUUGGAGAACAAUAGAAUGACUCUAAAAAAUGUAUUUAUUAUUGAAACCAAUGUGAGUUGGUAUAGCCUAGUCUUCAUUGGGUGUUUGUUACAAUUAUGCAAUGAUGUACAUAUUUAUUUUUAGAAGAAUACUGAGCACUGCACUUUCAUUUUCUAAUCCUGGCACUAGGUUGUAGUAAGUGGUAAGGUUGCCUUGAUAUUUAAUUUAAUUUUGCCAACCAACUUUAUUGUUACAGUACUGAAUUGGCUAUACUCAAUCAAAGUGAGGAACUUGUUGUUUCUCCUUGCUAUUUCAACGAAAGACAAAACGAUAUUCCUCUGGUAUGGUUUCCUUUUUGUUUCACACUGUAAACUUUUCUGCUGUUUAAAUACCAGAGGUGUAGUUUCGAAGUACAAUAUAUAUUUGAUUUUGCCUUAAUUAUUUCAGAAGCAUCUGGCCUGGUUACUGGUUUUUAUAUGUGAUGUUACUGUUAAUUCACUAGUUUGUCCCUUUUUUACCCAGGUAUUUCCAUUUAGCUAACCACCUA